AUGCAUAACCCCACCUCUUCUCUGCUGGUGACGUUGACGGCAGCGCUGGCGGCUCUGCCUGCGGCUGACGCUGCCAUCUACACCAAGAACUCGCCUGUUUUGCAGUUGAACGCAAAGACUUAUGAUAAGCUCAUUGCCAAGUCCAACUACACUUCGAUCGUCGAGUUCUACGCCCCUUGGUGUGGCCACUGUCAGAACCUCAAGCCCGCCUACGAAAAGGCUGCCAAGAACCUUGAGGGUCUCGCCAAGGUCGCGGCCAUUGACUGCGAUGAUGACGCUAACAAGCCAUUCUGUGGCUCCAUGGGCGUCCAGGGUUUCCCUACUCUCAAGAUUGUUCGUCCUGGUAAGAAGUACGGAAAGCCUGUUGUCGAGGACUACCAGGGCCAGCGAACUGCCGGUGCCAUCAGCGAGGCUGUCUCGAGCAAGAUCAACAACCAUGUCACCCGAGUGAGCGACAAGGAUCUGGAUUCUUUCUUGGGUGGUGAUAAGCCCAAGGCUAUCCUGUUCACCAAGAAGGGAACCACCAGCGCUCUCAUCCGAAGUAUCGCCAUUGAGUUCCUCGAUGUCAUUUCUGUGGCCCAGAUUCGUGAUAAGGAGAAGGCUGCGGUUGAGAAGUUUGGCAUUAAGGAUUUCCCGACUCUUGUCCUCGUCCCAGGUGACGGCCAAGAGCCUAUCCUCUACAACGGAGAGCUCGUCAAAAAGGACAUGGUCAAGUUCCUCUCUCAGGCUGCUCAGCCUAACCCUGACCCUGCUCCCGACAAUGGCAAGGCUUCCAAGGCUAAGAGCAACGGAGCCAAGAGCAAGAAGAGCAAGUCGACCGAGACUGUCAAGGAGGAGCCCACCGCUGAGCCCGAGUCCGCUUCCGAGGCAGCUGAGUCUGCCAUCCCCUCCAUCGUUCCCAUCGACACCAUCACUUCGCUUGAGAAGCUCACCGAGGAAUGCCUCGCCCCCAAGUCCCACACUUGCAUCCUUGUUUUCACUCCCGGAGAGGCUGGCGAGAAGGCUGUUGACUCCCUGUCUCAUCUCAACACCAAGUAUGUCCACGGCGGACGACACACCUUCCCCAUCAUCUCCAUUCCCAGCGAUAGCGAAGCUGCUUCGACUGUGCCCAAGGCUCUUGGUCUUAGCGAUGAGGUCAACCUGAUCGCCAUCAACACACGCCGAAACUGGUGGCGUCAGUACCAGGGCGACUUUAGCCUCCACAGUGUCGAGAACUGGGUUGACACCAUCCGCAUGGGCGAGGGUGCCAAGAAGAAGCUCCCCGAGGACUUUAACGCUGAGCCCAAGGCCGAGGGCGCCAAGGAGGAGGCCACUCAAGCUACCGACCCUGAGCCCGAAGUUGAGACCGAAGCCCCU